AUGUAUUACCAUGUAUUGCCAUGUAUCGCCGUGUAUUACCAUGUGCUGCUAUGUAUCCCCAUGUAUUGCCAUAUAUCCCCAUGGAUUACCAUAUAUUGCCAUGUAUCGCCUUGUAUUAGCAUGUGCUGCCAUGUAUCGCCAUGUAUUACCAUGUAUUGCCAUGUAUUACCAUGUAUUGCUAUGUAUAGCCAUGUAUUACCAUGUACGGCCAUGUAUAGCCAUGUAUUACCAUGUAAUACUAUGUAUUACCAUGUAUUGCCAUGUAUUACCAUGUGUUGUCGUCUUUUCGCUGUUCUUCAAGAUUCAUUAUUUAAUUCUCAGUGUCUCAGUAUUCUACAGUUCAAGUUAAUUAGCAUUCACGCGUCGAAAUCAGCUCGCCUCUUUCACUUCUACAUUUCGAGGAUAAGCGUGAUUUACAGAAUGAUUCGCUGAAAAAAGGAAAAACCCAAAUAUCCUGAUAAGAUAUUCGCUCAAAGGAUGAAAAAAACUCUUAGCGAAAACUACUUACACUAGCGUGAAUCUCCGAGUCUUCGUUUCUAAAUCUGAAUUCUUCUGUUCACGUGCACUGCUAGCUCAAAACUGAAUUUUCAAAUAUAGCGCUAGAAUACAAAAUACCCUUAGGGAAUCCAAGGGACGCGUUGCUAUCGGCAACGCGGAUUUAAUUGAUAACACCAUGUAUAGCUAUGUAUUGCCAUGUAUUGCCAGGUAUUACCAUGUAUUACUAUGUAUUACCAUGUAUUCCCAUCUAUAGCUUUGUAUAGCUAUGUUUUGCCAUGUAUUGCCAUGUAUUACCAUGUAUAGCCAUGUAUACCCAUGUAAUGCCAUGUAUUGCCAUGUAUUACCAUGUAUAGCUAUGUAUAGCCAUGUAUUCCCAUGUAAUGCCAUGUAUUACCAUGUAUUGCGACGUAUUGGUAUGUAUCGUCAUGUAUUACCAUGUACGGCCAUGUAUAGCCAUGUAUUACCAUGUAAUACUAUGUAUUACCAUGUAUUGCCAUGUAUUACCAUGUGUUGUCGUCUUUUCGCUGUUCUUCAAGAUUCAUUAUUUAAUUCUCAGUGUCUCAGUAUUCUACAGUUCAAGUUAAUUAGCAUUCACGCGUCGAAAUCAGCUCGCCUCUUUCACUUCUACAUUUCGAGGAUAAGCGUGAUUUACAGAAUGAUUCGCUGAAAAAAGGAAAAACCCAAAUAUCCUGAUAAGAUAUUCGCUCAAAGGAUGAAAAAAACUCUUAGCGAAAACUACUUACACUAGCGUGAAUCUCCGAGUCUUCGUUUCUAAAUCUGAAUUCUUCUGUUCACGUGCACUGCUAGCUCAAAACUGAAUUUUCAAAUAUAGCGCUAGAAUACAAAAUACCCUUAGGGAAUCCAAGGGACGCGUUGCUAUCGGCAACGCGGAUUUAAUUGAUAACACCAUGUAUAGCUAUGUAUUGCCAUGUAUUGCCAGGUAUUACCAUGUAUUACUAUGUAUUACCAUGUAUUCCCAUCUAUAGCUUUGUAUAGCUAUGUUUUGCCAUGUAUUGCCAUGUAUUACCAUGUAUAGCCAUGUAUACCCAUGUAAUGCCAUGUAUUGCCAUGUAUUACCAUGUAUAGCUAUGUAUAGCCAUGUAUUCCCAUGUAAUGCCAUGUAUUACCAUGUAUUG